CUAGCUUCUGACCCACAUCUUCACUCGUUCUUCUUAACUUCAUCUUCAAUCACGUUUAAGACUCAGAUUCGAGUCACCAAUCAUCAACAAUGUUUAUUUCAACUAAAAUAAGUCUCAAUUUUGCUAACCCAUGUUUUUAAAGCAUAUAUUUUGGGAAAAUAGUUCAAACUUUCUCUCAAUCGUGCAAUCGAUCAAGUGAAAAUGACGAUGAGCUUGCUGAGAACGUUGGCAAAAUCAACCACUUUGCUUUCGAAUGGUAGAAGUUUCUGCGUCGUUAGCACUGAAGUCGUCACCUCCCAUACUGAUAAAUGGAUGCAGAAUAAAAACAAGAAGUCUCCAAUGGAGUUGAUUAAUGAAGUACCUCCUAUUAAAGUGGAAGGGAGAAUUGCUGCUUGUGAAGGAGCUAAGAAUCCUUUGGGGCAUCCAAUUGAGUUCAUAUGUCUCGACCUAGACACCCCGGCAAUCUGCAAAUAUUGUGGCCUGCGCUACGUUCAAGAUCAUGGUGGUCAUCAUUAGGAGCCGAUUUACCCGUUUUGAAGUUUGCGUUUGUACGGUUGCAACCUUUUUCUCCUGUAAGCAUCGUGUUCUCCUUGGUAUUGUAAGGCACAUCACGCUAACAAUCUGAUUCAAUGAACAUAAUUGAUCUACUGGAAGAUAAUAAAACACCUAUUUCAUAUGUCUUAA